UACUAUGAUUCAUAUGUAUGUUAAUGCAUGUUAAUAGUUUUAUUUACGUUAUGCUUAAAUGAUCUAAUAUGUUUAUUUUAGAUAGUUUAGCAUGUAUAAAUAAAAUGAUUAAAUUAGCAUUAUAUGAAUCAAUCACAUGAUAGUGUGUCUUUGUUAUGCUUUUAUGAUUUUACUUAUACGGUUAGAUUGUAAUGCAUGCUUAGAUAAAGAUCAUGCUUAUGUUUGUUUUAAAACCAUACGAACACUCCUUUGAUUUAAUUGUUAAAUCACAAAUAAAAUUUUAAAUUUCCGUUAUGCAUAGGAGUGUAGAAACAUGAUCACCGAAUUUUGAAUUUGGUUCCAACACACCGGACUAUCGAAUCUCAGAGAAAAGGUAAAUACCCAAGAUUCGCUAAGAUACACGUUAAAUGCAUUCCCUAGGAAUACGAAAUGGACUUCACUAGUAGAUGUUUUUUAUAUCUCUAAGGACUUAGAAAAUAUUACCUUAGAAGAAUUAUUUUCUAUGUUUGAAGUGCAUAAAUCGAGAUGUGCAAGUACAAAGGAGCCGAAGCACAACAUCGCCCUCAAGGUAGCGAGAGAUGAACAUGAGUUAGAAUCUUCUAUCGACGACGAGGAAAUGGUAAUGAUGGUAAGACAUUUUAAAAAGUUGUUUAAUUCAAAGAAAACUAACCAUCCGCAGGGUAGAAAGAAAAGGAUAAUUAGAUACUACCACUGCAACGAAAAAGGGCACGUCAAAGAAAACUGCCCUAAGCUAAGGAACAAGGACAAGGACAAAGGAAAGAAGCAUGUCCAAACAAACAAGUUGAAGACACUAAAAGCAACGUGGGACGAUACGUCAUCCAAAUCGGAAGUCGAGGCCUUCUCCGGACUUGUAUUAAUGGUAAGUCAUCAAGACGAGGACUACGAUUUAAGCUCGUCCGAAAUAAGCAUCGAGAGCAUCGAUGAAGGGGGAGAUACGUCGGAAGAAAGCAGCAAUUCAGGGGGAGCCACGGAUAACGAGUUCGAUAAGGUAAGUCAGGAGCACAAGGAGUCAAGCAAAAGACACAGCUAGCGAGAAGGACGGCACGGGAGAGAGCCGAUGGGCUCGGCGCGUCUGAGGGACGAGGUGCUGCGGAAGAGUACGCGGGAGAACGAGAAAGAAGCGCGCGACGUUUAUGAGGGACGAGAAGCCGGAGUGGAAGGUUGCUCGAGAAGGCCGAAAUUGAGUUCGGGUAAGCCUUAUUUUGGUUGGCUAAAAUCACCCAAGCGAGCGGAGCCGGAGCGGAGGACCCAGACCGAGGCGGGCAGCAACGGAGCAGAGGGCUCGGAUCAAAAGUCAACUAUGUUGACUUUAGUGGUCCGGGCGCCCAGAAUAUGAUUUUGAUCGGAUCGCAUUUGACCAUGAUCCGUUGUAAAGAGGAUAAAACUUUAUCCCCCUUCUAGGCACUUGGAACCCUCUAGGCGCCCCAACCAAGGCUAUAAAUACAGUCUUAGUCCAUAAACUUUUCAAAUCAACAAGAAAUUAUAACAACACUUGUGUGCUUCUAUUGUUUUGUUUAGCUUCCUUCUUUCUGUUCUUACACUGUUGUAAAAGAGGCUUCUCCGCCUGAAGGAGAAUUUAGUGUGAUCAUCUUCCUUGAA